AUGGAUGAAGAUUCUUUAAAAUUAAAAAAUAUUGUUUCAAAAACAAUUAGAUCAUUUAAAACAUUUUUAAUUUCAAUAUUUAACUAUACUAAUACUAAUCUUUAUUUUUUAAAAAGAACGAACCAAAUAACCAUUGAUCAUUAUAAUUUAAUAGAAAAUUCUAUAAAAGAUAUAUCUAAUAAUAAUGAAAGUUUAUCUUAUAUAUGUACAAUACAAUAUUUGAUAACGUUUCAAUGUAUUAAUAAAAUUAGAUAAAAAUAUAAAUGAUUAUUUAGAAAAAAUAGAAAUUAUAAAAAACCAAGUAAAUAUAUUGGAACAAAUAUCAAAUGAAUUAAACAAACAUUCGAAAGAAUUAGAACUUAAAUGUCAAGAAUUACUUAAAUAAAAU